AUCGCUACACAACAUUACAUGGACUUUGGAAAAUAAGUUCCAUUUUAAAAAUUUUAUUUAGUCAUGAUAAUUAACAAUCGAUAUUUGAUUGUUGUUUUAGUUAGUUAAUGAGUUAAGUGCGUUUGGUGUAAUGAGUGAGAUUAUUAGUGAGCUGUUAAAUUAACCAGUGCGAAGUCGGAUGACCAGCGAUUGGCUUGGUACGAGUUGAUUCGAAUCAACUAAAAUCUUACCCGAAUGAUGUCGUUUAUGACUUGAAUCACUUGAUUAGACUUGGUGCAUUAUUAUAUUGCAAAGCGAGAUGUUGCCACCUACAAUGGAGUCUGUUGUCGACGAAGAUGACAGUACAAACAGUUUGCCUCCUGAUGUACAGAAACUGAACGACCUGAUCAGAAAUGGUGUCGAUAGGCUUGACAGUUUCGAGGAUAUUAAACGGCAAAUUAUAUUAUCAAAUUUUUCGCCCCUGACCAAUUAUCCAGACAUUGAGUAUGUUAGACGAUACUAUGUUGAAUACAGUUGUGAGCUUUGGAUUAAUGAGUCUGUAGUUGCAAUAAUUAGCAUAACCGAUGGAGAGGAGAUGGGUGCACUCAUCGGCAUGUUCAGUCACAUCAACGCCAUCUGUAACAUAGAAAACGUGUGCCAACCUUGGAAUGAAAGCGACUAUUUCCAAAUUCUUUUGAAACACAAGCAUUUGAUAUCAUCUGCCGAGCAAACCAAAUACGUUUCGAAUUGGAAAAUGGAAUGUUUAAAGGCUAUAGUAACUGCGACUAAAACGAUUAGGAAUGAAAUAGAUUUCAUAGAAGCAUUUUUAAAUCUAAUAAUAACAGUCAAAAAACAAUAUUUGAAAUAUUUGCAACUGCUGGAUGCGAAGACAGACAAAAUCACGCUUAAAGACAUUUAUGACCGAAUAAUGAAAGUAAGUAAGUAUUUCAAUUCUACUGACUUGCAAGAAUUCACAAGAAUAGUAAACAGGAAGAAUCUUCGAGUCCAAUUUCAUUUGAGCAGUAUGUUUUUUGAUCUUGUAUCAAAUCUCGACAAGUCUCCAGAAUUAGUUGUCGACGAAAUUGAUGGCAGAAAAAUUAUCCUAGUUUCUGCACUGAAUUUAGUAAUGAGUGAUGUAAUCAAAAACGUAGAGCAUUUGCUUAUGAACGAUGCUGACAUUCUGGAAGUGCGUUUCAUUGGCGGUCACAUCAUUCAUGCUGAUGUCGAUUUGCAAAACAAUGUGUGGCAUGGCAAGAAUAUUGUUGCUUUUACGAGGGUGUUGAAGGUGCAUGGUAAGGUGACUUGGGACGUGUCUGGCAAAGAUAACAACAAAGUAUAUGAAUCCGAUGCUGGGACUGAUGACUUUGGCAACGGCUUGCAAGGGAAUGACGGAUUUGCUGGUGAGAGUGGCGGAAAUGUCCUAAUUCAGGCCGAUCAAAUGCGCAAUUCAAUUGAGUUCAAUGUUAUUUCCAAUGGAGGCAUGGGUAGCCCCGGACAAAAUGGUGGAAAUGGCCGAAACGGUGCGAAUGGAAUAGGAAUUUGUAAUGAAUCUUUUAAAAAUAAUUUUCCUCCUAUCUGCAAUGUGUCAGAACCAUAUAGCUCAAUUAGAAAAUCUUUUGAAAGCGUGGAAGUGGAUGAUUCAAGCAAAUUUUAUAAAUGUUUUCGAAAUAUAUUCAUUAAGGGAAAAACAUAUGAAGGUUUUGAAUCAACCUUUGGAGCUAGAACUUGUUAUCGUGCUUUUGUAUUGUGCGAAGGUUUGCCAGCUAAGCCGGCUGGUAUUGGUGGUGAAUUCGGUUUGGGCGGACAUGGUGGUUAUCCUGGCCAAAUUGAUGGAGUUAUUGGUGAAACAAAACCUGGCAUUCCUGGAUGUAAUGGUGAAGGUGGAAGUUAUGGCAAACCUGGUAUCAACGGAUGGGAUAUGGGCUACAUAGAUUACUUCAAAUUUUUCGGUUUCGGAAAAAGUACACAAUAUUUUGGAACUUCCGAAAAUUAUAGACUGGCUCUCCAAAAAUAUACCUUUUCGGGAGAUAAUCAUGUUUGGUGCGAACAUCUUCAGUCGUAUAUUACCAUUGAGAAAUCCAGCGUUAUUAAUGCGAAUGUCAAAUACUAUUCUGAAAAGCGUACUACAAGAUCAAAUUAUGAUCGCAAAAGCCACGCAUUGCCUUCCAGGAAAAAAACUAUUUCAAAAACCAAUGUUCAUGAAGUUUACAGUAAAUAUGUAAACGCAGGAAUUGAAGCCCUAGAAUCCCGCAGAUCAGAUUUGACUGAAUUAGAAAAGUUAGCCGCACUAGAAAUACAGAAAAGUUUUAAGCAAAAACAAAAAAUUUCUUCAAAGCUUAAAAAACACAUUGCUCAAAAUUCUUUCAUUUCAAGCAGACAAAUUUCAAUGGAUGACUGUACGACGAAUUUAAAUAUGAAUAGCGUCGAGACAAACGGGAUAUCAAAGUUAUUUGAAGCUUUCAUUGAAAUAAACAGCAAAUUAAUGUUUCAAAUGAGAAACGAAAAUAUUGAUGAGCUUGAAAGGGAACAAUAUUUUCCUAGGAUCAUCACAAGAAGUUUAGUUAGGAAUUACAUUUCUAGCCAGUCACUGGGUUCUCUCGACAAGUUUUUAUUUGAAAAUUAUGAGAAAUGAGGAUAUCAUAGGACUAUGAU